UCAUCUCUGUUUCCAGUCCUGACGUGUCAGGUUGUGUUCAGGUUGUUUCUGUCAGAUUUUUUUUCCCGCCAUCAUUCUUUUACUGUAGUCUCAGAGCGUGACUCUUAGAGGGAGGGGGGUGUGGGGGUGAGAGUGGCACCGUUUACCGGAGCUUUAAUCGGUUUGUACCGAGGAGAGAGAGAGAGAGAGUCCGUGACCGGAACCUUCCUCUGCUGCCGCCGCUCCGGUAUUUUUCUACCUACAGGCGUCGCAUCGUCCGCUGCCGUGACAGGGCUGGUCUGUCAGGACCGGGAUCUCUCUCUCUCUCUCUCUCUCUCUCUCUCUCUCUCCCCCUCUCUCUCUGUCGGUAUUUGAACGGUGAUCCUCGCCGCUCCCGGUCUCUCCGGUCUCCUUCUUCUCUCACCUUUACCGGACGGGAGGAGGAUGAUCUGCAGACCUGCUUAAGCCUCUGGUUUCGGCGUUCAAGACGUGACCGAGGACCGAGGAGGGUCGGCUGGUCCCGUCGGUCUGAGGAGCCGUCUACCGGCACAGAGUCUGAAGAAGCUCCGCGGGUCGGUUGUGAUGUCAUCAUGAUGCUGCCAGUCUCCAGGUUUAAAGGUCAGCCAGUUGGCAUGGUAACCACCACCACGCCCUGGCUGUCUGUCAGCAGUGACCCCGCCCCCCAGUGGCUGUGGUUGGCCAGCUGGUCUGCAGCAACAUACCAAGCCCCCACACCCCCUCUGGUUUUUUGCCCCCCAGCUGUGUGGAUACCUGAACACACACAUCUGAUACAGUGGGAACGUCCAGCUGUUGAAGUCGUUCCUCUCCUCCCUCCGUUCUAUCGAUCAUCACCUAUUCAUCAUCUUCAUCGUCUGCCCAAGCUCGUUGAAAGCUGGAUCUCUCCAGAGGAAGUGGGUGUGUUCCAGAGAAGAGACAAACAUCUGCUCCUGACCAAUCAAAUCGUCCAGAGGCCGGGUGGACACACUCCCAGGACCCGGCUCCUGCUGUCUCCGUCUCGACUCGCAGGUCGUGUUAGAAGAGACACAACAAAGACCAGAAUCACAGAGACAGAGGACUCCUCCUCCUCCCCCUCCUCCCCCCCCCUGCUGCAUAUCCUCUCUGUCUCUCCUCUUCGCCUGCCUCUCCUUACUGCUCCUCCUCUAACAGGUGGAGCUUACAGAGAGUGGGUGGGGCUCUGUACGACAAGAGACAAGGAGGUGUGGCCUUUUGUUCUGCCCAGUCAGCGAUACAGAGGAGCCAGGCUUCAACCAAUCAUCAGUGUGGAGAGAAGAUCAUCUCCACCUGUACAGCAGUGUGUAUUUGGACACAUCCCAUCCUCUCAGCUCUGCAUUGACAAGUGUCCUGUUUUACCUGUCCAGAUGAUGAAGGAAGUUCAUCCCUCCGUCUUCUCCUCACGCCUUUCAUCCAGAUUCACUCUGCUGACGGACUACAGACACAAGAAAAGAGGGAUGGGUGGAAGUAAAGUUUCCUAUGGAGGAGCGUUACUGCUGAGGACGGAGAGAACGACGGACGACAACAAACAGCGUGUUGACAGAGGAGAAGAGGAAGGCAAGGAAGACGAGGGAAGAAAAGAAGGAAGGAAAGACAAACGUCCUGUCGCCUCCACUCCUGUCCCGGGGUCGCCGUGGUGUGUGGUGUGGACCGGAGACGACCGUGUCUUCUUCUUCAAUCCCACAAUCCACCUGUCUGUCUGGGAGAAACCAGGUGAACUGAUUGGCCAAGACAUCAGCCGCAUCAUCGAGGACCCACCUCACAAGAGGAAGAAGACAUCUGUUGACAGGAGCUCCAGCUGUCAGUCACCUCAUCUCAGUGGUAACGAUGAAGAGGAUGAACAUGAACACAGCUCCAAGAGGAACAGAAUAGAGGAGCCAAUGUCUCUUGUCCCUCGUCCAGGAGAAGUUCAGCUCCUCCCACUGGAGCUUCGUAUCGCUCAUUUUAGAGAAAUGAUGCUAGAGCGAGGGGUGUCAGCAUUCUCCACUUGGGAGAAGGAGCUCCAUAAGAUGGUGUUUGACCCUCGGUACCUGCUGCUGACCUCAGAUCAGAGGAAACAGGUGUUUGAUCAGUUUGUGAAGAGCAGGGUGAAGGAUGAGUACAAAGAGAAUAAGAGUAAACUGCAGAAAGCCAGAGAGGAGUUCAAACAGCUGCUGGAGGAGGCGAAGAUCACCAACAGAUCAACUUUUAAAGAGUUCUGUGCUCAUUACCGCAGUGACCAGCGGUUCAAUGCCCUCAACAGGAAGAAGGAACAGGAAGUCCUCUUCAACCAUUACAUCACAUCCUUGAAGAAACGAGACAAGGAGAACAGAGCCAGACUGAGGAAGAUGAGAUGAGAACAACACUGUUCUCCAAACUGAACCUUACAGAACCAUCUAGAACCUCUGUAGAACUCAUACAGGACCUCACAAAAUCCUCCAGGACAACUGAGCAGAGCAUCCUGUGUUGACUCUCACUGAUGGACCUGGUUUUAAACUCUACUGGUUUUGUGAGAUCAGAUUGGAACCAGGGAGACUAGAUCAGGACAUGAAACUGGAGCUGAGUGGUUCUGACCCUCUUUUUGUUGUUUUAUACAAUUCCCAUCACAAGAGGAGGACCAGCAGCAUCAGACUGGAUUCUGUAGCAGACUGAAGUCAGGUGGACUUGAUGACCUGGUCCAGAGCUGGAUAAAUCUGAACAAGUUAUUAAAAGAACUGAGCCAAGUUAAACUGGAAAAAACAGGACUUCAAAAAGAAUCAGAGCACAAAAAUGAUCUGUCUUUUGACUGUCUGUCUGACUGUUCGUCUGUCUGUCUGCUGUUCAUCUGUCUGACUGUUCAUCUGUCUGUCUGACUGACUGACUGUUCAUCUGUCUGACUGUUCAUCUGUCUGUCUGUCUGACUGUCUGACUGUUCAUCUGUCUGUCUGUUUAUCUGUCUGUCUUUCUGUCUGCCUGUCUCACUCUCAGGCCUGGCUUGACCAAUUGGUGCUCUCCAUUCAGCUCUGAGUGUAGAAAUAAUUGAAAUACAGUUUUUUUGUCCAGAGCUGAUCCCAGAUCUGUUGUUAUCGAUCCCAGAUCUGUUAUUACUGAUCCCAGAUCUGUUGUUAUUGAUUCCAGAUCUGUUGUUACUGAUCUCUA